GGACGGCUCUACGAGGGCUGGACUAGACCCUUUGGAGGGAUUUCAGAGGGGGUACCAGUCGCCCCAGAAGGCCCCAGGGCAGCUGGCAGAGCCGCUUAGGCCUGUCCGCACCUCCAGAGGCAGGUGGGGUGGGGGAGGGACCGGGUUGAAGUUCAGAGGCUGGCGAAGGAUGUGGCCCUGACCCUGGCCCCGGCGCCGCAGAGUGCCCCAUCCCCUGCCCUCUGGACCUGCCAGGUGUGCGCGGCCUGGGUGGCCGCCAGCCAGCCCUCCCCUGCCCUUGUGCACCUGCCCCUGACUGACAGGCACAGGUGGGAGCCGCGCCUCCCCAGGGGCUCGCAGGGUGCCAGGCCGGGAGCUGAUGCUGCACACGGCCCCCUGCGGCUGCGGCCAGCACCCCCACACACACCUCCGUGGCCGGGGUCUGCAGUCCCUGGUGGGUGGGACGCCCCCAGCCCUCCUGCCUCUCCCAGAAGCUGCCAGGAGCCCGGCUGCCUAAAGUGAAAGAGAAAGUUGCCCCCCUCCCCACAGCCCGCCCCACCCCGCCCCGCGGCCAAUCCCGCGGCCCGUCCCUCCCCCUCUGCUGCCGGCUUUAUCUGCGGGGAGGUGGCUCCGGGCGAGGGACCUGGGGGUGGUCACGAGCCGCGUGAGCUUGCCGAGCUGCCAGCUGCUGGUGAGUCUGUCACUGCUGACCUCGGGAGGGGGAGGCAGCGGCAGGAGCGGGUCCAGGGCUCCAGCAGCCCCCCACCCAUCACCUCACUGGCUUUCCUGGAAGUCCCAGCCGACGGCCGGCGGGAGAUAGCCCAUCUCUCCUGUGGAAUGGAUGGGGGCAGCCCCUGGGAGCCCCAGGCCAGCGUCGUCUAGCCUAACCGGCUGACCAGGGAUGCUGAAGACCCCCAGACCCAUUCUGAGGUGGCAGGAGCCAGCUCUGCAUCUGGGGGGGGGGGGGCCGUCCCAGCCAAGCUGGUUCAGGGUCAAGGUUCUCGGGCAGCCACUCUGGCCCGUGCCACUGUCCCCCAGGGUGGCCUGGCCCUUUAAAAGCUGGAGCUCAAGCUGUGUGCACGUGAGCGCCAGCGUGUGCUGUGGAAGGCCAGCCGGGAGGACACAUGAGGGGCCCAGGGGUGGGUGGCCGUGAGGAGCCGCCUCCCUGACCCAAGCAUCUCCUGCCUGGGGUGGUGGGUACGGCGCGGGAGGCUGGGGUCUCCUUGAUUCCCUGCCUCCCUCCAGGACCUAGCUGCCCGUGGUGGUAACCGGCUCCGUGGUGGUCCCUGAAGGUGGGGGCCCAGCACCAGCCCAAGCCCCACCCACACGCUGCCGCCUCAGCCACCCUCCCCCCCUAGCCCCCCUAGCCCUCCCUGUUGGCUUCUACUGUUGGUUGUGCCGUGCUGGGGGUUCAAUGGCUGAGAAACAGAUCAGCCUGCCCGCCAAGCUCAUCAAUGGUGGCAUUGCGGGCCUCAUCGGGGUCACCUGCGUGUUCCCCAUUGACCUGGCCAAGACGCGGCUGCAGAACCAGCAGAAUGGCCAGCGCAUGUAUGCCAGCAUGUCCGACUGCCUCAUCAAGACCAUUCGGUCCGAGGGCUACUUCGGGAUGUACCGGGGGGCCGCCGUGAACCUGACCUUGGUCACCCCCGAGAAGGCUAUCAAACUGGCAGCCAACGACUUCUUCCGAUACCAGCUGUCCAAGGACGGGCAGCCGCUGACCCUGCUUAAGGAGAUGCUGGCCGGCUGUGGGGCGGGCACGUGCCAGGUGAUUGUGACCACGCCCAUGGAGAUGCUGAAGAUCCAGCUGCAGGAUGCGGGGCGCAUUGCUGCUCAGAGGAAGAUCCUGGCUGCCCAGGCCCAGCUCUCGGCCCAGGGUGGCGUCCAGCCCUCCGUGGAGGCUCCGGCUGUGCCCCGGCCCACGGCUGUCCAGCUGACCCGGGACCUGCUGCGGAGCCACGGCAUCGCUGGCCUCUACAAGGGCCUGGGGGCCACGCUGCUGAGGGACGUCCCCUUCUCCAUCGUCUACUUCCCCCUCUUUGCCAACCUGAACCAGCUGGGGCGCCCGGCGGGCGAGGAGAAGUCGCCCUUCUACGUAUCCUUCCUGGCCGGCUGCGUGGCUGGCAGCACGGCCGCAGUGGCCGUCAACCCCUGUGAUGUGGUGAAGACGCGUCUGCAGUCACUGCAGCGUGGGGUGAAUGAAGACACCUACUCGGGAAUCGUGGACUGUGCCAGGAAGAUCUGGCAGCACGAGGGCCCGACGGCCUUCCUGAAGGGUGCCUACUGCCGUGCCCUGGUCAUCGCACCACUGUUUGGCAUUGCACAGGUGGUCUACUUCCUGGGCAUUGCGGAGUCCCUCCUGGGGCUGCUGCCGUCCCGCCAGGCCUGAGCCGGACCAUGCAGCGGCCAGCCCAGGCAGUACCCCCACCCUGGGGGCGAGUGGUGCAGGGUCCACGCGGGUGGCACUCCCACGCGCCUCGCCUGCCCAGGCAUAGGGACCAGCGUCCUAUUUAUGUAGAAAAAUGUGGAAAUCUUGACAUUCCUCCGGCCAGCCCUGCCCCAGUCCUGUCCGGUUCGCGGCCCCAGGGACAGAGCUGGUCUCUGCUGGGGCUCCCGCGGCCGGGGCUGCGCGGGGUGGCUCCGCCAAUCGGCUCUCAUCUCUGAGGUCCUCGUGGCCCUUCGGGGGACCGGCACAAUCCUAUUUAUUGAACCUGCUGCGCCCAUCCCUGUCCGUCUGUCCGUCCACCUUCCACCAGGACUCAGUCCAGCCCCCUCUUGGGCGGCCCUGGAGAAGAGAGGGAUGGCACGGCCACCCUGUGGGACCCUGACAUGUGAGGGGUGUGCCGCCCAGCCCUCCGCUGGCCAGGCCCCUUGGGAGCGCCAGGGCUGAGCCCGUGCGCUGGCUGCCCCAGCCCAGUCCAGAGAUGUCCCGUCCUGGCCCUCGCCCUGGGAGCGGGCAGGUGGGCGCCCUGCCUGUCGUGCCCCGUCCUGGGCCUCUGCCCGCCUCGUGGUUGUGCUGCUCAGUGUCCCCACGUGCUGGUGCUGUCGGCUGCCCCGGGACUGCCCCUGUCGCCACUCCUGCACCGUGGAAGCUGUGCUGCUGCUUAUAGAAGUCUAUUUUUUUUCCUUUGAAGAGUUUUAAGAAGUAACUUUUGUGUCUUGUCAUGUAAGAGGAUAAAUAAAUAUUCUACCUAG